AUGGAGAGAGAGAACCACAGCUGGGUGGGCGAGUUCACUUUUCAGGGGUUCUCCAGCUUCCAUGAGCACCAGCUCACCCUGUUUGUGGUGUUCCUUACACUGUACACUUUAACCCUGACUGGCAAUAUCAUCAUUGUGACCAUCAUUAGUGCUGACCGUCACCUCCACACACCCAUGUACUUCUUCCUGAGCAUGUUGUCUGCCUCAGAUACCAUGUACACGCUUGUCAUUAUACCCAAGAUGCUCUGUAACCUCCUGGGCCUGAGCCGGCCCAUCUCCUUGGCUGGCUGUGCCACCCAGAUGUUCUUCUUUAUCACCUUGGCCAUCAACAACUGUUUCCUGCUCACAGCCAUGGGGUACGACCGCUAUGUGGCCAUCUGCAACCCCUUGAGGUACACGAUCCUCAUGAACAAGGGGGUGUGCCUCCAGUUGGUGGGGGCAGCCUGCAGCACUGGACUCAUCGUAGCUAUGACACAGGUGCUGGCUGUGUUCAGGUUACCCUUCUGUGCCACAAAGGUCGCCCACUUCUUCUGCGACAUCCGACCGGUGAUGAAGCUCUCCUGCAUCGACACCACGGUCAAUGAGAUCUUGACGUUGAUCAUCAGUGUCCUGGUGAUCCUGGUUCCCAUGGGGCUGGUCUUCAUCUCCUAUGUCCUCAUCAUCUCCAGCAUCCUCAAGAUCGCAUCAUCCGAGGGCCGAAAGAAGGCCUUUGCCACCUGCACCUCCCAUCUCACGAUAGUCAUUGUCCACUAUGGCUGUGCCUCCAUUGCCUACCUCAAGCCCAAGUCCGAGAACACCAGGGAUCAAGAUCAGCUGAUCUCGGUGAUGUACACCGUCAUCACCCCCCUGUUGAACCCUGUGGUGUACACCCUAAGGAACAAGGAGGUCAAGGAUGCUCUGCUCCGGGCCACAGGAAGGAAGCCUUCCUGA